GAUGAAGAAGACCACCUUCCUGCUGGUGCUUGGCGUCUUGCUGGCCUUGAGCCGGUCUCAGUCGGACCCGGGUGGCGAGGAGCCGGCCGGCGAGGAGGAGCACGUGGAGCUGUUCACCACGCCCACAACCAAGAUGGCCGCCGCCACCUCGGACUUCGGCUACAACCUGUUCCGCGCUCUGGCGAGCCGCCAGGCCGCCACCAACGUCUUCCUGGCCCCCACCAGUGUGUCUGCGGCGCUGACGCAGCUUUCCAUGGGGGCGUCUGAGAAUGCCCAGAGGCAGCUGUUCAGGGCCCUGAGGUACCACACCCUGCAGGACCCCCAGAUCCACAACACCCUCAGAGACCUGCUGGUCUCCAUCCGGGCGCCUGGAAAAGGCCUGAGCGGCGGCGCACGCCUCUACCUGGCCCGACGCCGCCUGAAGCAGGACUUCUUCGCCCUGGUGGAGCAGCAGUAUGGGAGUCGCCCCAAGACGCUGCAGGGAGGGAAGAAAGGUACCAAGGACAUCAACGACUGGGCGGCGCGGCAGACCGGCGGGAAGGUGCAGCGCUUCCUGAACAAGCCCCUCCCCCCGAACUCCGGAGUGAACACCGUGAGCGCCGCCUACUUCAAAGGGAGGUGGGCCACCCGGUUCGGUCAGAGUGCAGCGACUGAGAACUUCCAGGUGGACGGCGGGGCACCUGUCCGCGUUCCCAUGAUGCAACAGGACAACUACCCCGUGAAGAUGGGCGUGGACUCAGAUUUGGGCUGCACGAUCGCUCAGAUCCCGAUGCAGGACGACGUCAGCAUGUUCGUCUUCCUGCCCGACGGCGUGACCUCCAACACGACCUCGCUGGAGGAGAGCCUGACCGCCGAGUUCGUGCAGGACCUCUCCAUGACGCUGCAGCCGGCCCUGGUGUCCCUGGCUCUGCCCACCCUGAGGCUCAGCUACUCCACCGACCUGCUGCCGCUGCUCGGGGACCUGGGUCUCUCUGAGUGGCUGGCGAACCCCGAACUGGAGAAGAUCUCAAACCAGCGCAUCAAGCUCAGCAGCGUCAAUCACAAGGUCGUCAUGGAGACGGCGCCCGAGGGGAACCAAUACCCCGCCGCCACCUCAGCGACUCACCUGUCCUACCGGGUGGACCGGCCCUUCCUCUUCCUCGUCCGGGACGAAGCGUCGGGGGCGCUGCUCUUCAUCGGCAGGGUGGUCAACCCCAAAGACCUGAGCAUGUAACACACACACACACAGACCUGUACUUCUACCUUAGUGAGGACACUCAUGUAUUGCAUGCAUUCCCUAGCUCCUUAAACCUUUACUCCAAAUCUGAUCCCAAUUAAAACCUGAACCCUAAAACUAAGUCUGAACCCCCAAAAUGGCGUUUGAUGUGCGGACCGGACAAAACGCCUUCACUCUAAAGAUCUAAAACCUGGUCCUCACAUUGAUUGACGUACCAGUAUACUCACACACACCUGUAUUUCCGUCUUUGUUAGUACGUUUUCCUCACCUUAUUACCUGAACCCUAACCUAACCCGAACUAGUCAGAACCCUCUGAGGUCUGGGCAAAAUGUCCUCACUUUCCAAAAGAUGUCCUCACUCUGAAGGUCUAACACCUGGUCUCCACAAGGCUCGAUAUACAAACACACACACACACAAACACACACACACACACACACACACACACACACACACACACACACACACACACACACACACACACACACACACACACACACUCUCUCUUAGCAGGUCCUAGGAGGGUUUUAGGUGUUUGCUUUGCAUCUCUGGUGGCAGAUAUUUGCGAGUUUAUAUGAUUUUUCUUUUUUUCUUAAACACACCGACAAUACUCUUUUUAAAAGGAAUCAAAUAUCGUCAUAAUUUGUGUGAAAUGGAAUAAACGACAAUGAAAGCAGA